AUGUGCACGAUCAGCACUGGAGUUCUUUCUCCGGCACCAAUGAAUGCUGAAGUAAAAGAAGCAUACGAUCGCCAAUAUUGGUAUGCUCAAGCACAAGAAACUCUACAAAAACGUCUUCAGUACGCUUCAGAGAAAAAUCCUGUAGCAAAAAACGUAAUAUUAGUGGUUGGUGACGGAAUGAGCCUGACCACAGCAACAGCGGCUAGAAUUUUACGUGGUCAGCGGAGAGGUCAAUCCGGUGAAGACACGGAUCUGGUUUGGGAUACUUUUCCUGCGGUCGCACUAGCAAAGACCUACAAUAUAGAUGCUCAAACUGGCGAGUCCUCAGCCUGCGCUACCGCCCUCUUAUGCGGUGUGAAGGCUCGUUAUGAAACUCUGGGUCUCGAUGCCGGAGGACGUUUUAACAACUGUGCGUCUGCAAUAAACUCCAAAGUCACUUCACUGAUAGAUUGGGCGCAUGAAGCUGGUAAAUCCAGUGGCAUAGUAACAACAGCACGUAUCACACACGCCACGCCCGCAGCGCUAUAUGCACACGCGCCCUCACGUUACUGGGAGGACGAUAGUCGCGUACCCCCGACUGUGAGACGAGACUGUAAAGAUAUAGCCCUCCAGCUAGUUGAAAAUGAGCCCGGCCGAAGCAUUAAUGUGAUAAUGGGUGGAGGCAGACGUCAUUUUCUGCCAACUAUAACACCUGACCCUGAGCAUCCAAACAGAGAAGGAAGGAGACUCGAUGGAAGAAAUUUAGCCGAAGAUUGGGCGAGGGAGAAAAAAAGAAGGCGAUUGCGAGCUCAAUAUAUUCAUACACGAGAGCAACUUGCGAAAUUGGACCCGAGAACAGUGGAUUAUUUAUUAGGUUUAUUCGAGUAUUCUCAUAUGGAAUUUAAUGCGGAACGUGGCGGGGUAUUAGAUACAGAAGAAGGCGCUGCGUCAGGCACAGUCGUAAAGGCAGAUGAUCCCUCGUUAGCUGAUAUGACGCGGGCAGCUUUAGCAGUAUUAACGAAGAAUGACAAAGGAUUCUUUCUUUUGCUAGAAGGUGGCAGAAUAGAUCAUGCUCAUCAUUAUAAUAAUCCUUAUCGAGCUCUUGACGAGACUUUAGAGCUCGAGACUGCGUUGUUAGCAGCACUGGAGAAAGUUAAUCCAGCUGAAACUUUAAUAGUUGUGACAGCAGAUCAUGGACAUGUUAUGACUUUUGGUGGACAGGCUACUCCUAGGGGACACCCUAUAUUAGGUGCAGAUACAGUGGUAUCUGAUAUAGACGGUUUGCGAUACACUACAUUGCUAUAUGGGACCGGCCCGGGGCACUCUGAGCCUCGCGCGCUGCCUCUAAACGGUACGACUACGCCCGCUGAUGCCGUUCAUGCAGCUGCAGUUCCACGUCAAUGGGCAACCCAUGGGGGAGAGGACGUGCCUAUUUAUGCUUUAGGUCCUAUGGCAACGAUUUUAUUUGCUGGCGUGGUGGAACAAAGUUAUAUACCACAUGCUAUCGCUUAUGCAGCGUGUCUCGCUCACCAAGCGCGACGUUGUCAGGAAUCUGUGUUCAAUUUUACAAAACCACAGAUAAAAAUACCAAAUUGCGUUCCACCAGAAGUAAGUAGUGUGUCAGCACCAGAUGAGACCAGGAAUGAAGCAGCUAGCGGACGUCGAAUCGUAGUGGCAUCAAGUGUUAUGUCAGACGAACGAGUCCCUCGAUCCUCAUCUUCUUUUCCCGCUCCGCUUGUGAAUACAUGCUACAUUAUUUUAAUAAGCGUUGCACUUAAUUGGUUUAUUAACAACAAUAUU